AUGUCAGAAGCAGAGAAGCAACCAGAAGUACCAGCCACCCAGGAAGAAGAAUCCACCGCGCAAUUUGAGCCAGUCGUCAAGCUCACGGAGACAGUUCAAGUUAAAACCAAUGAAGAAGACGAGCAAGUAUUGUUCAAGAUCAGAGCUAAGCUCUUUAGAUUCGCAAAGGAAUCCUCUGAGUGGAAGGAAAGGGGUACUGGUGAUGUACGUAUCCUCCAGCACAAAGAAUCUAAAAAAGUUCGCUUGGUUAUGCGUAGAGACAAGACUUUGAAGGUGUGCGCUAACCACUUUCUCACUGAGGAUAUGAAGCUGUCUCCAAAUAUUGGCAGUGAUCGUAGUUGGGUGUGGGCUGUAGCUGCAGAUAUCUCUGACGGUGAACCUUGCGCUGAAACUCUGGCUAUUAGAUUCGCUAAUGCUGACAACGCCAACGCUUUCAAAGAAAAAUUCGAGCAAGGUGUCAAGAUGAAUAGCGAGUUGAAUAAUGACAAGGAGGAGAAAGCGGAGGAGAAGGCUGAGGAGAAGGAUGAAAAGAAGGCAGAAGAGAAGGCAGAAGAGAAGGCAGAAGAGAAGGCAGAAGAUAAACCAGAAGAGAAGGUAGAAGAAAAGCCAGAAAACUCCAAGCCAGAAGAAUCCAAACCAGAUUCAACUUAA